UCUUCGACUCUUCAGCUGCGUCUUCUGCGUCUUCGACUCUUCAUGAAUGCGUACUCGAACUGUCGAACAAAUGGAGAAAUCGAAGCGAUGAAGACUGCGAUUUUCGAGGAGACCAGCGAUUUGAGGGAUUUUCGAACAAUCAACAGUCGAACAAAGCUCCGUGGUAUGUGUCUGCACCAGGAAAGCCGGAGCAAGGGCAAGGGUCAAGGGCCCAAGGCUUCAAGCUUUCAGUCUGCUGGACGCCUAGACUGCUGCCUGCGAGUUAUCAAGGCAUCAAGAUUCAAGUGGGCACUGGCUAAUUGGCUAUUCUGUUAAUCUGUUUCAGUUUCACAGUUACAGGACUUCACUCAUCAGUCAUCACUUCUUCAGCCUUCAUGUGUUUUUGUUCUUAUUCAUACUUUUUAAUUGUUAAUUUGGGUUCAUCUACAUCUUAUAAAUUACAAUUUAGAAAUUGAUAUUUGAAAAUGCCUCCUAGAAUUAGAAAAUAUGAAUCUGGAUAUGAAAAACGAAUGAAGAAAAAAAAACAUAUGAGUUUAUUUUAUCUCAAAAAGGAGCAUUAGAAAAAAUUGUUACAAGAGAACCACAAAGUGUUGUUCCGAAUGAAC